AUGGCGGUCGCAUACGGAAACCCUUACCUACUGUCCAGAACGCAGACCGCGCCCAUGGGAGGUGCCAAUGGUGACAGGAACAUGAGUGGUGGAGGCGGCGCAAGGAUCAACGGCGUCAACAGCGGGCAGAAUUCGCUGGUACACUCCCAGAGCCACACCACUUCCAACUACUCCAUGCAGAGCCAGCCCAGCAGUAGGAGCAGCGACAACAGCGGCCUCUUUCCCCCACCGCCCGUCAUCGGCAUGCCGACCCCUCCGAAUGGCGGAGACGUCACAGCGACGGACAACAUCAUGAACACCGUCGCCGACGCCAGCAGCUCUCUCUUCCAGAUCUGUGUGUCGCUGCGACAGCGGCUGAUGGGUGUACCUGGCUUCGAAGACUGCCUGAGCGAGAUCGAACAAGAUGCGGACGACGACACUGAUCCAGUGACGGUCCUAUGGCGCACUUUUCGGCAAGGCUACCCUCUCGUCCUUCUAUACAACACAUUGAAGCCCGACAAGCCGCUUGAGGUACCGAAGAAUGUUAAGGAGGAGAAGAAAGGCAAGGCGGCCACGUUCAAAUUUCUGCAAGCUUGCAUGAACGUGCUCAAAUUCCCGCAAGAAGAGAUAUUCAUCAUCACAGAUCUGUAUGCGGACGACACAACGGGGUUUGUGAAGGUGGCGCGUGUGGUGAAUCGGGUCCUGGAUAUACUAGUUGCGCAAGGCAAGAUCGAGGAUAUAAGACCCACAGCGUCCGACUUUGAGCAAGCAGCGAAAGGCAUGAAGCGCAGCCAGCGCCAGCAUAUCGUCCACGAGCUCGUCAGUACAGAGAGAACAUAUGUCCAGCACCUCGAGCACCUGCAAGCCCUGAUGAAGCUUGUUGAGGCGAAAGGAAUCAUCCCUGGUGAUGCGAUCCACGACAUCUUCCUCAACCUGAACAGCCUUCUCGACUUCCAGCGCCGCUUCCUCAUCCGAGUCGAACAGACGAAUCUCGAACCCGAGGACCAACAGAACUGGGGCAAGGUCUUCCACAUGUACGAGGAUGCGUUCAAGGUGUACGAGCCGUACAUUGCGAACCAGAAGAAAUGCGAAAAGACGGUCGUGGCCGAGUAUCCGAAAUUGGCAGCCGGCACGGUCGACGCCCCUCGCCAAGUCAAACAGAUGGUCGAAUCCUCCACUCAACUCUACGGCUUCCUCAUGAAGCCUUUCCAACGCCUAUCGAAGUACCCGCUCUUGCUAGACGAUCUGUAUAAGAAAGGCGACCUAGAUGAGGGCCGGAAGGAAGAUCUUUUGAUUGGAAAGCAAGUCGCGACUGAAGUGCUUGGACGGACUAAUAAAGCUGUCGAUCGCGAGGAGAAGGCCGAGGCGGUGCAGGAGUUGAAGAUGCGUGUGGAGGACUGGAAGGGUCAUCGCGUGGAGGGGUUCGGGGAGUUGUUGUUGUAUGGGACGUUUACGGUGUUGAAGAGUGAGACGCAGGGGAGUGGGAAGGAUGGGGAACGUCAGUACCACGUCUACCUCUUCGAGACCAUCCUCCUCUGCUGCAAAGACAUCGACCUCUCGAAACCGAAGAACAAACUCUCCAACAAACAGCUCGUCGACAAGCGCGGCAAGCCGAAACUCCAGCUCAAGGGCCGCAUCUUCAUGCAAAACGUCACCGACCUCGUCUCGCUCACGAAACCAGGUAAGAACGCCAACAGCGACCCUUUUCACAUCCUCCGCGUCAAGAAGAGCGGUGGCGAUCCGAUCUUCUGGAAGGGCGACCCGUCGAUCGAGAACUUCAUCAUCCGCUUCACCACCGAGGAUGCGAUGAAGAAGUGGGCUCAACAAAUUGAGUCGCAGCGGAGGCGGUAUCGGGAUCGGUCUGGCUCGCAUCGGGCGUCGGAGUCUGGGAGGAGUGGGGGAAUGGGGACGAGUGCGACGGAAUUUGAUUAUAUGCGCACGCUUGGUGGGCAGUUGGAGAAUCCGUAUGCUGGGCGGUAUGAGGAAGAUGAGGAUGAGGAGGAAGAAGAAGGGGAUGUGGGGACCGCACUGCCGGGGAGGCAGUAUCCUUAUAACGGCGAUUUUGCAAACAGCAGAAACGCCAGCUCGAGCAGCUUACGGAGUCGCAGCACGACUGGCGAAAGUGGGAUGACGCCUCUUGCGGGACCGCCAGGAAGUGGACGACAACAAGCUCCACGCUUCCCGCCUGGUGGUAUGCCGCCCGGCAAUCCUCUAGCUCUUCGUACAAGAGAGCUGGCAGGUAUGCAUGCGCACAGCCCGAGCGGCGACGCUGGACCGAACGACAGCUACUUCAGCCCCAUCGAGGGCUCGCCAAGCCAGCUGUCAAGCUCACGGACGAGCGCGAGUUCAGGUAUGUACCCGUUCCCGCGGCAGCAGGUUCCGCCAAGUCAGUACUACGAAGAGGGGCAUGGCCAUGGGACGAGAUUCACUGCACCUGCUAUGGGGCGGCAGCGGGAGGUCAGUGGCGGUAGCACUGCGAAUGGAUACGGGCCGCAGAAUGGUUAUCCUCCUCAUCCGCAGAGUGGUGGCUACCCCCAGCAGAACGGCUAUCCGAACGCACGGCCUGGUCCAGGGCCUCAGAGACCGGGGAUGGGAAUGCACUCAGCGCAGCAGAUGCCUGGCCCCCCACGGAAUCGCAGCGCCAGCAGCCCCGACAUCCACAACAACCCCCGCGGCGUGCGAACACCCGUCGACGCCCCACCUCCUCCGCAAGUCCCAGACAUGCCACUCCCGUACCAGCAGAACCCACACAUGAUCCCCCGCAGCCAAAGCAACUCCCCCAACAUGGGCAUGCCACCCCAGCGCGGCAUGAGCCCGCAGAUCCAACAACAGCUCCAGCGCGAACGCUCCUACACCCCGCAAUCCCAAUACCAACAGCAGCAGCAACAACAGCAACAGCAAUACACCGUCUCCCCCCGCGGCGGCGCCUAUCCCCCCUCCACCGCCUCCGGUCGCGCCAUGACCCCUCUCCAAGAGCACUCCCGCUCCCGCUCCCCGCCCGCGCACUUCCAUACCCAGACCUCCGCGCCCGCCACUCUCCAACAAAACUCCAACGCUCUCGAAACCCCAACCCAACUCAAAGUCCGCGUCCACUGCGACGCCGCGUCGCAAGUCCUGACCCUCGUCGUCCCGCUCAACAUCACCUGCCAAUCGCUCAAAGACCGCAUCGACGCCAAGCUGCAGCGCAGCACCAUGCUUACCCUUUCCGAGAAAGUCCCCGGAAGUGGGGCGAGGGAAGGGCAGACGGUGGUGCGGCUGAAGUUCAUGGACGACGGGGAUUUCGUGAGUAUUCAGAGCGAUGACGAUGUGCAGACGGCUUUUGAGGGGUGGCGGGAGCGGUGGGAGGGGGCGGCGGGGGAGGUGCAGGCGCAGCAGGGGGGUGGGGGGAUGGGGGAGGUGGAUUUGUUUUGUAAAUGA